UCGACGGUAGGAUAGCUGGUCAGUCUGUCUGUCUCAGGGGCUGGGUUUCUCUUUUUACCCAAGAAGAGGAAAAAAAAUCUGAGUUUUUAAGCAUGACGAGACAAAGACACUGAGUGAACACUGACAAAUAAUGAUUUAAAAAAAAACUUCCACAACUCACCAUGGCCAUAAGGGAGCUCAAAGUUUGCCUUUUAGGGGACACUGGAGUUGGAAAAUCCAGCAUAGUUUGCAGAUUUGUUCAGGACCAUUUUGACCACAACAUAAGUCCCACAAUAGGAGCAUCAUUCCUAACCAAAACAGUGCCAUCUGGAAAUGAACUACACAAAUUUCUGAUCUGGGAUACAGCCGGACAGGAAAGGUUUCACUCAUUAGCCCCUAUGUACUACAGAGGAUCGGCUGCUGCUGUCAUUGUCUAUGACAUAACUAAACUGGACUCCUUCCAGACGCUGAAGAAGUGGGUGAAGGAGCUGAAAGAACACGGUCCAGAGGACAUUGUUGUAGCCAUAGCAGGGAACAAGAAUGAUUUAGGAGACAUCAGGGAAGUUCCUAUGAAGGAAGCUAAGGAGUUUGCUGAAUCAAUUGCAGCUAUUUUCAUCGAGACUAGUGCCAGAAAUGCUGUCAAUGUUGAGGAGCUCUUUCAGAAAAUCAGUAAACAGAUUCCACCCCUGGAGAAUACUGAGGUGGAGAGCAACGACUCCUUUAAAUUGACCCGGCAGCCUGCUCCGUCCGCCAGGAGAUGCUGCUAGUAUCAGCAGCAGCUGAUGAGAUUACAUCCUUCAGCAGCAGGGAGCCCACCGCUGCAGCACAUAGUCCACAAUGCACACAGUGUCUUACUCCUGGACAAGACAGGACAGUGGACAGACGGAGGUCAGCCUGCACAUGUGGUCAACUGCAACAUGAAACAACAGUAUUAUUUGGGUCAUUGCACAUUUAUUUCAUUUAAUUGUAGCAGUUUUAACUCUGCUGAGGUCUGGGAGCAGAAGGCCUUCAGUUUGUCCCCCUCAGGUGGUGUUGUGUCUGAAUUACAUCAGCAUUUCUGUGUUGUAGUACACAGCUCAUUACUAAGAGGCAGUUUUAUCCCAUUUUCCAUAGUAACUUUAAAAAUCAGCACACAUUAAUAACAAGUCAUCUUGUUAAAGUUGAGUUUCGGCUAUUAAUGCAACUAUAUUUCUUAUUCCAAGAGCCAACUGCUCUGUAGGUUCCAUUGCACUGUGGCACACAUUUUUUUUUACAAGGCUACCGCUUUUGUGUACAUGUAUGUAUCCCUCUCGCAAAGAAUUGAAUUAGAAUAUUUUGAAUGAGAGGUUGUCAAGAUCCAACCUCAGACAAACAUUCUAGAGGUCAAACACAGCGGCUUUACAUUCCACUUUGUCAUGUGUUUUCACGCACAUUAACUGUAUAAGGGUUUAACUGUAAACCUGCAGAACGAACAGCUUAGAGGCCUAAAUUGUAGUUACAGUAUGACACCCCCUGUUGAAACACUGUGACCUGUACUAGAAUUGUUUACAUGGUGAUUUGUUGAAGAUGUUUUCUACAUGCUGAAAUGUGUUGUCUGAGAUUUCACUACAGGGAAUGACUGUAUAUGACAGGUUUGUUUUUUUAACUGAAAAGGGGUUUCAUUUAUGAUGUUAAAAAGAGGAAAGACCUGCAUGUAUUUUACUCUAAACUUAUCUGAAGCUGGUAAAGUUCCAAAAAGGGUUGUAUUCUGUAUAUUAACGAAACUCUAAAAUAACUAUCGGAAUAAACCUUGCAUAAAAGUGUAAAAAGGGUAACAAUGAAAAUAGUCCUUCGCCCAUUUGUGUAAACUAAGAUUUUAUUUCUUUGCUGCUGUUUGUUUGGCAGUAAUGUUCUUGGAUUUCACCACUUGAGAAAUUUAUAACCGCACCUUUGCACACAUUUAAUAGUAUUAAUUCGGAAUCAAUAUUUAGGUAACAGGACAUCUGGACAUCAUGUUUUGAAAUAGACAUGAAAGUUGGCUUCAACACAACAUCGUUUUUUAUGUAACAGUAUUUCUGGUUCUACAUUUCCAGAGCUUAAAAGAAAAUACAUAUCUACAUUUGUGCUUAAUUUAGUAAGAACAAAUUAAAGGUCAUUUUAAAAUGUACAAUUUUUAACAUCACGUAUGAUGUGAUAAUGGAGUUCAAUUCAUUGUUUUUAAUGCAGUUAUAGUCAAUUUUUGCCAAUAUGUACCGUUCUUUUUUAAUGGAAAGUCACACUAGACUCCUUUCAAAAAAUUGCCAAUUAUUGUGGCAUUGCUUCCUCUAAAAUGCAACGAGCUGAUUGGCUGAAAUUGAAAGUUGAAACUGAAUUAGGAGCUGCUUAGUGGGACAGAUGUACAGUAUGUCAAAUUUACCUGCAGACUCUUUAAAACAGAAAUAGAAAUAAAACUCUUUAAAGCAGUCUGGCUGUAUAUUAACACCCAUACAAGAGAUAAAGACAUAUUGAGCAAAGAAGUUGUUACAGGCUACAUGCUAACAUUGUGAUGAGAUUUUAAAGUCCUAUAUUCGUCGCCACACAAUGCCUUUUUAAAAAAUGUUUUUAAUCAAAUGUAUGACAUGGCUUAAAAGUUCAUACUGCAAGAAUAAUGCAUGAAUGACUUGACUACAUUAGUACAAGACUAAAUGUAUGCCGCGUAACAGUCACCUUUGAAACUGCCACUUAUCUGCAGCCAUCCUUUAACUGUGUGCCUACAGUAAGUCAUGCUUCCCUGUAUCCUCUGUAGACCAGAUUAACUUUUGUAUAUUAAUCAGUGUAAUAAAGUAGUGAUUAUUCUA